AUGAAACUAGUCCAAUAAGAGUAUUACUUCAGCAGACCUAAAAUUAAUAGUUUGUAUUCAUCUGAGAGCAGAUUUAAAUCUAUAUCUCAUUAUUCUGAUAAGUCUUUAGUACAGAAUAUUGAUACCUAAAUCUAAAUCAAUUAAAUCAUUCAAAACAUUUAAUACAUGAAGGGCAAGAUUAAUUAUGAAAAAAAUUAAUUACAACAGCUAUCCUUUCUUAAUAGUGAUACUAAUUUUUCAUUUACUUCUGUUCCUCUUAGUAAAUUAGAUCCAGAGUCAUAUACAAUGAAAUAAAAGAUUGUAUAACUUAAAGAGCAAGUAUGAAUGUAACUUAUUAGUUAAAACAAUUAGAGAAUGAAGAGAAGCGAAUUUAAUUGAUGAAUUAUUAGAAAAUUGAUUAGAAUGAAGAAUACGCUUUUAAAAAUUAUACUAUGAAUAUCAUGAUGAAUAAAUCUAAAUAAUAACUUAUUUAACAUAAAACUGAACUUAUAAAGUAGAUCAAAUAAUUAAAACAAGAAAUUUAUUUGGAUUAAAUGGAGAUUAGUGUUUAAGACAAUCAAAUUAUUGUUUUAGAAAGAAAAAAUAAAUAAUAUAAGUUAAAAUUAUCAAAAGUUUCUGAAGAACUUAAACAAAUUAAAUAAAAUGUAAGUGCUUUUUAAUAAUUUGAUAUGAAAAAAUCUAGAUAAAUCAAAGAUUUUAUGAGUAAAUUGGGAGUAGGUGAUUCUAAAGCAGAUGAUAUGGAUGAAGUAAUUGAAAAUUACAAUAGAAAAAUAUAGAAUAAUUAAAAAACAAUAGAUGAAUUAAUAUUAAUCGCAUAACAAAGAUUAUACAGUACAUUAUCAUAAAUGUAAGAUUUGGAAUAUCAAAUAAAGAUAUAGAAAGAAGUCAAAUUAGAAUUAUAUUAAUAAAUUAGUGAAUUAAAAUUAUUGAUUUCCAAAUUCUCAAAAACUAAAAAGACAUCCUUAGAUAAUAAUUACAAUAAAGAUAAUUUAUAAGAGGAUGAAAAAGUUGAUUGGAUAUUAAAUAGUAGAGAUUUAGAUGAAUUUCCAUUAACAUAAUCAAAAAAUAUAGAUGAAUUUGAAGAGGAUUUUUGA